AUGGCAACGCGGGGCAGAAAGAAAACGUCGUCGAGGGGACACCAUAGGUUUGUGGGAGUUAGGCAGAGGCCGUCAGGGAGAUGGGUGGCGGAGAUCAAGGACUCGUUGCAGAAGGUUAGGCUUUGGCUUGGAACGUUUGACACUGCGGAGGACGCGGCCCGCGCUUAUGAUCAAGCCGCUCGCUCUCUACGAGGUGCCAACGCCCGCACCAACUUUGAAUUACCGCCCUCGUCUGAUUCCAGCGACUGUGAUGUCAACGGCAAUUGUAUGGCGGAUGGGGUUGAGCCCUUCUCUUUUGACCAAUUCUGUGCGACGCAAGUUGAUGGACUGCUCGGCGCACUCAGGGCCAAGCUGCUUGACGGCAAGGGUUUGCAGGGGCACCCUGCCGCUGUUGUUGGCUCGCCCCACAACAGCAUCGGCACACCCAAGAGAGAGGUAUCUAUGCCAGCAGGGAUUGUGAAUCCCAUGCUGCUACAGGGUCCUAGUUAUUCUCCCGCAAGUAAGGCUCCUGGGCUUCUCCUUGAUCAUCAUGAUAAUGAGGUGGAAUCAGGUCAGGCUGGGGUACAGUGGCAAAGCAUUUACCAAAUUGCAUCGCCCCAAUUGCCUUGGUCCUUACAGCCACAGAUGAACCCUGUCCAUGAGGGUGGCUUGUUUUGUACUACCACCACUGCCCCUGCUAUUACAACUAUAUGGCCAACUUCAGCAACAACCGUAGCCACCAGUGAUUUUCCAUAUUCGGAACAGGGCAGCCAUGAUGAUUUGCCAAGUAAUAAGAAGAGGAAAGUGGAUGGAUCAACCAUGCCCUUGUUCCAAAUCAAUGGAGCAACUCAAGGAGUUUGGCCCUCUGAGCAGCAACUUCUGCACUGUGACAAUGGCUCUUGGGACCCUCUCCUCUAUGUAUCAUCUGUGCUAGGUUGA